AUGGUUUUUGACAAACAGCUUGUUCUACUAAAGAAAUUUGAUGGUUCUUUGCAGCCGCGUCAAAUAACAAUGAAGGAGGCUUUGUUUUGGGUCCGUUUGCAUGAUCUCCCUUUUGGUGGAUGUAAUGAGAAGAUUGGCAAAAAGACUGGCGAGCCCAUUGGUGAGGUUAUGGAGGUUGAUUUGUUGGAAGGGGAAUGUGCUUGGGGGGGAUUCAUGAGAGUCCAACGUAUUGGUGAUGGAAGAAAGGGUGGGUCGCCGGCGGCAGUUUUAGAUCACCCGAGAUCUUCGGAACAUUCAACUACGAAAUUUAUGGAGCCGUUGAGUACGCAAGCGGAUAUUCCGAAGAACAUCAAGGAGAAGGUAACUACGGAAUUUGUGGCUCAAGCCUCGGGCGAGAAAUCAGUGACAGUUACGAAUGAGGAUAUGCAUGAUUCCUGGGGACAGGAUUAUGGGAGUACAGUUAAUAGGAUUGAGGAUGUGCAAGAUUUUCGGAGACAAGGUUUGGAAAGUGCAGUAGCAGUUACAGUUACAGGGAAGGAAAAGGAAUUACUGAGCCUGGGCCUGGGCCUGGGCCUGGGAACGAUAAAGCUGAUGUGGGCCAAUUUAACUUGGGCCUGGUUUCGAUAG